AUGUCUCCAGGAGAGUCGCAGGACAUCGAGUCUGCAACGACCAACAUCCAGUCCCAGCCGGACAACAAAACGCGACGCUAUGAUCGUCAGCUGCGAUUAUGGGCGGCGACCGGCCAGGCCGCGCUCGAGUCCUCGCGCAUCCUGGUCCUCUCCGCCUCCGCCACCGCCACCUCCAUCCUCAAGAACCUCGUCCUGCCGGGCAUCGGCCACUUCACCAUCCUCGACCCCCACACCGCGACCCCCGCCGACGCGGGCGUCAACUUCUUCCUCGACGGCCACGCCAGCGUCGGCAGGCCCCGCGCGGAGGAGGCCGUCCGCCUCCUCGCGGAGCUCAACGACGGCGUCGAGGGCCGCGCCCGCGUCGCCGACCCCGCGGACGUCCUGAACAACGACCCCGCCUUCUUCUCCGCGUUCUCGCUCGUGAUCGCGCACAACCUCCGCGCGGACGCCCUCGCGCGCCUCGCGGCGCUGCUGUGGGCGGACCCCGCGCGCGCGCCGCUCGUCGUCGUGCGCUCCGCGGGCUUCCUGGCCGAGUUCUACAUCCAGUACCACGAGCACGACGUCAUCGAGAGCCACGCGGAGACCGCGCCGUCGCUGCGCAUCGACAAGCCGUUCCCCGAGCUCCUCGAGUACGCCACGUCCCUCGACUUUGACGGCAUGGACCCGACCGACCACGGACACAUCCCCUACGUCGUCAUCCUCGUCCGCGCGCUCGACGCCUGGAAGAAAUCCCACGACGGCCUGCCGCCCCAGUCCUCCGCCGAGAAGCAAGCCUUCAAGCGCUCCGUGCUCGCCAUGAAAACCAAGCCCGACGAAGAAAACUUUGACGAGGCCGCCGCGCAGGCCUACCGCGCCUGGACCGAAACGACCGUGCCCGCCGACACCGCCGCGCUGCUGCGCGCGCCCGGGCUCGCGGCGCUCACGCCCGCCGCGCCCGUCUUCCAGCACCUCCUCAGCGCGCUGCGCCAGUUCGCGCUGCAGCCGCCGCACGUGCUCCCGCUCGCCGCGGCGCUCCCCGACAUGAAGGCCGACACCGCGGGCUACGUGCGCCUCCAGCGCCUCUACAAGGCCCGCGCGGAGCACGAGCGCGCCGUGUUUCGCGGCCUCGUGCAGAUCCCGGUCGACGACGCGCUCGUCGAGCGCUUCGUCCGCAACGCGCACGCGCUCAGGGCGCUCCGCGGCCGCAGGUGGGGCGAGCUCGACCGAGACCCCGUCGCGCUCGCGAACGCCGCGGCCGCGUCGCCGCGCGAGACCGCGACGCACAUCGCGCUGUCCGCGCUCGAGGCGCACACGGCGGCGCAGCCCGACGCGCCGCCCACGGUCGAGGCGCUCCGCGCGCACGCGCUCGCGAUCGCGGGCGACGUCGCGCUGCCGCCGAAAGAGCUCGAGGACGCGCUCGGCGAGAUCGCGCGCGCGCCGACGGCGGACCUGCCGAACGUCGCUGCGUUCGUGGGCGGGCUCGUCGCGCAGGAGGCGAUCAAGAUGGUCACGAAGCAGUACGUGCCGAUCAACGGGUACUGCGUCGUGGACCUCGUCGAUACCUGGACGGGGGUCAUCGGCCCCUGA